AUGUUUCUAGUGGGGAGCCUCGUUGUCCUCUGUGGGCUGCUGGCCCAGAGUUCAGCCCAGCUGGCAGGCCUGCCCUUGCCCUUGGGCCAGGGCCUGCCCUCGCCCCUAGACCAGGGCCUGCCUUCAAAUCCCACAGGUCAUCUUGCUGGAAGCUUCACAGAUGCUCUCAGUGAUGGCCUGCUGGCGGGAGGACUGCUGGGCUCCUUGGAAAAUAUUCCACUCCUGGAUAUUAUAAAGUCUGGAGGGGGCACUUCUAGUGGCCUGGUUGGGGGCCUGCUUGGAAAACUGACUUCAUCAAUCCCUUUCCUGAACAACAUCCUUGACAUAAAAAUCACUGAUCCCCAGCUGCUGGAACUUGGCCUUGUGCAGAGCCCUGACGGCCAUCGUCUCUAUGUCACCAUCCCUCUGGGCUUAAGACUCAAAGUGAAAACGCCCCUGGUUGGAAAUCUUUUGGAAUUGGCUGUGAAGCUGAACAUCACCUCGGAAAUCUUAGCCGUGAAAACCAAUCAGGGGAGGAUCCACCUGGUUCUCGGUGACUGCACCCACUCUCCGGGCAGCCUGCAGAUCAUCUUGCUCAAUGGAUCCACUCCCAUCCAAAGCUUUUUAGACAGCCUCACAGCAAUAUUGACUAAAGUCCUCCCUGACCUGGUGCAGGGCAAGGUGUGUCCUCUGGUCAAUGCGGUUCUCAGCCAUUUGGAUGUCACUCUGGUGCACGACAUUGCUGAAUUACUGAUCCAUGGACUAAAAGUUGUCAUCAAAGUCUAG